GCGGGGCUGCUCCCCGUGGGUGGUUCUCUAGGCCCCUAACAUCAACAAAAAUGCCUGGAAGGACUCAGUCGGAGAUUCAGGAAGCAGGAGGGGGUAGGCGGUGACGCCAACUGGGACCGGCCCAAACUCGUGGGAUUCCUCCAAGUGGCCUGCGCCCGGACGACCUUGCAAGGGCGCUGCCAGGACCUGGCAGUGCACGGGGCUGUUUGACCAGCUCAGCUGGCAGAGGCGCAGGCUCCGGGAUGACUUCCACCUGCUCUAGGUUUUUAUGGCUCCUCAAGAUAUCAGUCUUCAUCUUGGGACUUGGCCUUGUCUUACUUAUAGUCAGAAGUGUGUACCUCCAGGAGAAGUUCAGCAGCCUCAAUCCUUCAUAUUCCGGUCUGGAUGUCCAGAUGCCAAAGCUUCUACCUGAAAAGCAUCUCAGGCAGCUCUUCACCUAUGAUGGAGUCUGGCUGUUUCCAAAAAAUCAGUGUGAGUGUGGCACCAUCAACCAACAGAGCCAUAACCUUGAGGAUGCGUAUAGUCAGAGAAGCCUUCCUGCGGUGAAUGCAAGGCGACAAGCUCAAUUUGAACAUUUCCAGAGGAGGGAAGGGCUGCCCCGCCCACCACCCCUGCUGGCUGAGCCCAACCUUCCUUUUGGGUACCCCAUCCAUGGGGUGGAGGUGAUGCCCCUGCACACAAUUCUCAUUCCAGGUCUCCGGUUUGAAGGACCAGAUGCCCCCAUCUACCAGGUCAACCUCACAGCUUCUCUGGGGACACUGAACACCCUCGUUGACAUCUCAGACCGGGUGGUGCAGGGCAGAGGAAAGAAACAGCUGACAAUUUCAACUAGUAACCAGAAGCUUUUGAAUUUCAUCCUCCAACAUGUGGCAUACACCAGCACAGUGUACCAACACAACAGAGUGGAUAUAGUGAGACUGAAGUUCAACUCCUCGGUAGCCAAGUUCCCAGUGACCAUCCGAUAUCCUGUAAUGCCCAAGUUAUAUGACCAUGGACCAG